AUGUUCAUUCAUUUGGACGUUUAUUAUUACAUUUUCAUCUUGAUGGUUCACAUGAAAUCCUGCUGCAGUUGGUCAGUGAAUAAUUUCCUGAUGACUGGUCCAAAAGCUUACCUGAUCUAUUCCAGUAGUGUAGCUGCAGGCGCUCAGAGUGGGAUUGAGGAAUGCAAGUAUCAGUUUGCAUGGGAGCGCUGGAACUGUCCAGAACGAGCUCUUCAGCUUUCCACGCACAGUGGACUCAGGAGUGCAACCCGGGAGACAGCUUUUGUACAUGCCAUCAGUUCCGCUGGGGUUAUGUACACUCUCACAAGGAACUGCAGCCUGGGUGAUUUUGAUAAUUGUGGCUGUGAUGACACCAGGAAUGGGCAAAGAGGUGGUCAAGGCUGGCUAUGGGGAGGCUGCAGUGAUAAUGUGGGCUUUGGCGAGGCGAUCUCGAAACAGUUUGUGGAUGCUUUAGAAACUGGUCAAGAUGCGCGUGCUGCCAUGAACCUGCACAACAAUGAAGCUGGACGCAAGGCUGUUAAGGGGACCAUGCAAAGAACGUGUAAAUGCCACGGUGUGUCUGGCAGCUGCACCACUCAGACCUGCUGGCUUCAAUUGCCUGAGUUUCGGGAAGUGGGCAACUACCUGAAAGAGAAGUACCACCGUGCCAUUAAGGUGGACCUCCUGCGUGGUGCUGGCAACAGUGCGGCCAGUCGUGGGGCUGUCGCUGAGACCUUCAGCUCCAUCUCUCGUAAGGAGCUGGUGCACCUGGAGGAUUCUCCUGAUUACUGUGUUGAGAACCGUACACUAGGCCUUCCAGGCACCGAAGGCCGUGAGUGCUUAAAAAAGGGCAAGAAUCUGAGUAAGUGGGAGAAGCGUAGCUGCAAGCGACUAUGCAGUGACUGCGGCCUGGCUGUGGAGGAACGCAGGGCAGAGACCGUAUCCAGCUGCAACUGCAAGUUCCACUGGUGUUGUGCGGUAAAAUGUGAGCAAUGCCGCAAGACUGUCACCAAGUACUACUGUGUCAGAGCCAAGCAAGUUAAGAAUGAUAGUGCAAGUCGAAGAAAAAGUCUUCGUUUAAGGAAGAAGCAUUAAUGUAGUCUUUAACUGAAUAUGACAUGGUGUAAUCUUUAAUAUAUUCAAACUGAAUUUUGACACUUGAUUACCAAGUAAAAACACUGACAUUGAAAAAGAAUACAUACAAUACACACAAAUAUUAAAUAAGACUGAGAGCUAGAAACGAAGAGGACAAUAUUACAUAUUAGACAAGGUAUCAAUCCUGUUGUAUAAAAGUGUUUCAGUAUUGAACACUGAUUACAUGAAUGCCUCAGGCUGAUAUGUUUCCUAAACUAUUCAGCAUGUGUUUCUAAAAUAGCACUGUAUUUAAUCAUAAAAUGGGGUUCAUUAGACUGUGAAGAGGGCAUUAUAAUUUUUUUUUACAUCUGUGUCUAUGUUCUUUAUAUUGUAAAUCUGAAUCUGAUAAAAGCAUAAAUAGUAAUGUGUUCUGAAUUGGCCUAGUAAUCAUAAUCUCUGUAAAUGAGCUGUAAAUAAGAUGAAGCACUUUUGUAUAUGGUUAAUUUAUUUCAUAUAUGUAGUAGCGUUUUGUGUGAUAGAUUUUUCUUUUC